CUACGGCGUUGGGUGUGCAUGACCACAAAGUUCCCAUACUCGACCCUGAACGGGCUCGGUCCGCGCCUACUGUCGCUAUAACGUCUAUACUAAGGAAGCUCGGGGCCCCAUGACGCGCAUCGAACACACAGCUAUACACGACAAUCGAUUCACAGAAUGGAGAACGAACCGCCAAUUAUCUCGGUACAGGAGGAUGGCCGGGGUACCAAAAGGGGCCGGAUAAUGGGGAAGCUCUUCGGCCGGGUGAAGGAAGACCGCGAACGCGACCGGAAGCCUUCUCACAACAACACGGGAGCGUCUGGAGAUCUGAAUGAUUUCUUCCACGGCUCAUCAGACAAGUUGCAAGUUGCCCAUCCAGGGCCUCCCACGCUUGCAAAGCUCGACACAAAAACUGCCGGCAGUACACGAUAUCCCAACUCUCUGAAUGUGCAGAGUCCCACCGACUCUCGACAUGAUUUGGCUAUCCGAGCACGCUCAUACAGCCCACGAAUCCGCAAAAACAAAGGCCUGAGCGUGAAGUUUACCGACGCGUACCCCGAAGUUAUUGGGCAUGGCGGCGACGAGUGCGAUGUGCCCACGGUCGAGAUCUCGAAAAGGAAGCAAGUCAGGUCACCCAUGCCUCCGACCACAACUGCGCCUGCUUGGUCCCUGGAUGGUGGUGGAAGACCUACUGGGUCACCGGGUGCAGCACAAAAGAACGAUCCAUCCUUUACACCAGGACCAUUGCGACGUGCACAAACUGGGUUUGCGAAUAUACCCGGUACUGGGGAACAAGAGCUAGCAGAAAAAAACAGUCCCCAGCCGAGGCCAAGGGGCAGCCCAGCAACCAACCCAGACGAGAAGCGCCGUUCGUUCAUCGAGCUGCAUCAAGCUGAGAUGCGGGAAGCAGAAGGACAGGCCUUUGCCAAUGCAGUCCGCUCGGCAAGCAUAUCCUCGCAAGCUACUCGAACUUCCGAGCGGCCACCCCUUUCGGCCACCAAUUCAACGAGUCGAGGACAAUAUACCGAGUCUCCAAGAGAUGUUGACCUUCCUCAACUGUACCAGCCAUCACAAUCGGACUCUCUUAGUCAGCCCACAAUUCCAACUUCACCCCGGUCCAGGCUCGGGCCUUCUCCCAUACCCGCCCAGGCUCCUCGCUCUCCUCAGACAUACGCUGUUGAUUCACCUCGGACUUUGCAACUGCCACGGAAUGGGGCUCUAGCGUCAGAGACACAACACUCGCCGCUGCAUAUGCAACCGCAGCUGAGCCCGCUACCGACAUCCGGUCUGACACCCGGUUUGGAACAAAGUCCACCCACCAGCUUCAUCAACCAGUUUGGAUCGUUUAGAUCGUCGGGACGAUCCCUGGAGGGGGAGAAUUUUUCACCAAAUGCAGCGCAGCAACCACCUACCCCAGCAUGGAACCAUGACCAGAGUGCAUUAGACGAUGCCCUGAGUACUUUUGCUGCCCGGAGUACCCAUCUCUUCGAGCUAUUUCGUCUACACUCCGAGAGUGUGCGACCCUUGCUAUCAUCAACACCCGAACAACUCGUAAGGGCAGCGUUGUGGUGGUUCCUCACCGGCCGAAUGGCCCUGGAAAAUGCUGUUCGCGAACGGCCGGCGGGUCUCGAAGCUGAGCAGAGAAAUAGCUUGGCUAAGCAACAAGCUCAUGCAGACCUUGCCAAAGCGUAUUGGUUAUCAGAAAAGAUGGUUCCGGAGGUAUCUAACAGCACAUCCGCCCUGGUAGAUGCGGAGGUAGAAGAGGUGCGAAAGGUUCUUGCGUCCAACCUGCGAAAAUUGGCCGGAUCGAUGCAGAGGAACGGUUUCAUGCCACCCGAGGAAGCACUCCUGCCUCAAGCGAUAGACAGGUCGAUAUGGAUAGAAUAUCCUUCCUUGACUCAGGAUAUCAUCUCCCUUCUUUGGGGGUCUUCGAGUUCAGCGCUCGCUUCAACGCAGCAGCACCAGCCUGGGAUUGGGAUGCUAGACGCACUUCCAUUGGGUGACUCCGACAACUUCUUCUCCUUUGGGCGUUUCCGCAUCGAGGCAUUCUUAAUGGAACAAGGGAGAGAAUCGCAGAGACUUCACUUUCCAUGUUUCUUAUCCAUAUUGAGGCCACAGAAACAAGCGGAUAUCAUGUUCGUCAUCGCAAGCCAAAAUGAUUCUGUUCAGCUUAGAAUAUCUGGUGAUAAAAGCCUGGGUCCCGUGUGGGAGGACGUACGAUGGCGCCCAGAAACACUCACCCUCGAUGUUAGAUUACCCAGAGGGUUUGCUCUGGUUCUCCAAUGCUCGCAAGGUAGCUUCAAAACGCUGCGAAGCAUGUAUGAGUUCAGCGCAAAGGUCCAUGCGAGCCUUUACGCGAAGCCAGACGAGAGGUGCCUUUUCAGAUCAACUCUUCGUGCUUUUCAGUACGUCGACAAUGACCCACAGGCCAGACAGUUUCCGAGGGAGGCGACGCCUGGAUGCGAGUUUGCCCUGUUUGAGCGCCUUAAGAAAGAAGGCGCGGCAACCGGGCCUCGAACCUAUCAUCGUGGAUAUCGAAUUGCGGUUGUCACAGGACCAAAGGUCAAGACACUAAGCGGCGUCAAUCAAGUGUACACUCCGCAAACACUCAUCCAGCUCGGUUCCUGUCGCAAUGAGGCAAACGACCCUGCCCUUUCCCUGAAAUUCGAGAAUGGCCGUCUUAAGGGAAGCAUGGUGUUGUCCUUCAAGGAUGAGCAGGAAAGGUCGCAAAUGCACAGCCUCCUCAUUGGGUCAGCACUACAAAAGGCUGAAGAGGUCUUUUGUGAGGUGCCGCUGAAGGUCGUCUGGUUCUCGGAAAAAUACGGCGAUUCGGCACACAACGGUCUCAAGCAGAUGGCUGGGUUGAGCUGGCAAAGAGUCAAGGUGAUCAAUGACGACAAUGAUGGUGACCGGCCACCAUGUGUUCUUGCUGAUAAGCUUCGUGCGGUAUACGACUUCCAGGACGGCACAUUUACUGACAGGAUCAACGUCGCGCCCGGCGAACUGCGUCUAAGACUGGACGUACGUAACCCAAGUUGCAUUAUGGUGUUCCGCCAGCCCCAGGCAGACGCAACUCUGGCAGUUACGGAUCCAAAGAUUCCGCGUGAACUAUCCGAAGGAAUGGCCGAAUGCCUGGAGGUCCUGCAACAAUCUCCCACCAUCAGAACCUACAUGUUCCCUAGUGUCGGGGAACUCCAUGCCUUUGAAUCAGCUAUCACCGGCUUCAAAAUUCUCUUUGAUGGGAUUGCUAGCGCAUUUGCGAUUUCUCGUCGCCGUAUGGUGGUUCCGAUUCACAAGAAAUGGGAGGCAGGGUCAACCCGGAUCCAGAUCGUGCAGCAAGACGGGGUUACGCAGAUGUUAACUUUCUUCGAGAACUUCACCCAUGGCCAGUGCAUGGGAUUCACUCUAAAAGGAACUGACAUCUUUGAGGCGUUCAACAGAGGCGGCAAGGCCGGGCUCAAGAUUGCCGAUGCCAAGUUUCCCUUACCCAAAGUCUUGCCCCAGAAUGUGACCGACGCACAGGCGGCUGCGGACACGGCAUUCCUGUGUCUAGAUCUACCUGAGCUCCCGGGAGAGCAUGAUGACAUUACCAUAUUGUUUGAUAAUGAAGCGGAGCGUGACAAGCUCGGCUUGUGUCUCCCGGCACCUGUGAAAGGCUCUAGAUUACCAAAGAAAUAGGAGACGACGGGAGAGCUGGAUAAUGUUGGGAGGCUGUGCGCGAAAGAUCUGGAGGAUAAGCUUCAAGCUGUUCUCGAUCGGAGUAUGAAGCAUGAGAUACCCUCUAUCAUAUCUAU